AGUUAAAGUGGUGUUUAUUCAUCGGGAAGGAAACUGUGUGGCUGAUAGAAUUGCAAAAGAGUCCCUUUCGUUUUUGAAUUAUGACUCUAAAUUGUAUUCUACAAUGCCUCUUUGGGUUAAAUCCUUUGUGGAUUCAGAUACAAUGUAAUCUUUCAUUAGUUAAUGUUUAAGUUUGAAGUUGAGCCAAAAAAAAAAAAAAAAAAAAAACUUCACUUUAAAGUUAACUUGUCCAAAUAAAAUUAAUUCCCCAUUCCAAAAAACAUUGAGUGCAAUCUCAGAUCAGAUCUAAUCACAUUCCACCAGAUGCUCACCACCAACACUCUCGCCGUCCUCCUCCUCCUCUUCCUCAGUCUCUGCUCCGGGCAGUCACCUCCGGCACCGGAACCCAUCGCCGCCGAUGGACCUUCAUCUCCGGUUAACUGUCUAGUAUCUAUGCUAAACGUAUCAGACUGCUUCUCGUACGUUCAAGUGGGAAGUAAUGAGAUCAAGCCUGAAGCUGCUUGUUGCCCGGAGCUUGCUGGGAUGGUUCAAAGUUCGCCGGAGUGUGUCUGUAAUCUUUACGGCGGCGGCGCAUCGCCGCGGUUUGGAGUUAAGCUUGAUAAACAGAGAGCUGAGCAACUUUCAACUAUCUGUGGUGUGAAAGCUCCAUCUCCUAGUUUGUGUUCAGUUUUAGGUUUUCCGACGAUCUCGCCGGCCGGAAGUGAAGAUUCAUCUUCAGGUUCUGAAGGAUCGGAUAAAGAUAAGAAAAAUGGAGCUAUGACUACUAAAUAUUGUGGAGUAGCUUUGAACUCAUUAGCCUUACUAUUAUUGUUCACGUUUCUUUCUUUAAGUUAAGCAAUACAUAACCUCACUAGGUGAUAGGUGAUGAAGCAUAUAUUAUACUAUCUUCUCCUUUUUUGUAAUUCAUCGUACGAAUCUCAUAUGUGUUUCUUAUGGAACUUGGAUUCUAUUACAACUUUAUAUAUAGUUUAUUGAGCUUAAGUUCUG